GAUACGUCCAACAUCAUUAUUUUAGUUUGUAUAGUUUUAAAUAUUGAUAUUUUUCUUACAAAAUCGCAUCGAUUACCCUCAAAAGUCCUUUUUAACCCCCUGGAGUCAUGUGGAUAACUUCUGUAAAAGAUGAUGGACUUUUUGGGCUUCAAAUUAGAAGUACCAUUUACUACCAUUAUAAAGCUUGGAACAGCUGGGACAUUUUGUAAUAUAAAUCUGAUUGUGUUCAUCUAAAGAAAAAUACUCAUAUACAUCGAGGAUGGUUUUUCAUUUUUGGCCAAACUAUCCAUUUAAUAAACAGUGUUAAUGCCUGGGCUCCUGUGGGAUUUAUAAUACGCACAUUACCAAAUUCCCAGCAUCACAGAAUGGACCAUUCCUCAUCCACUCCAUAAACGCACAUCACUUAUCUCUGUCUGUCUCUGGGGAUGUUGGAAGAUAUAUAAGGACAUUCACAAAGGCCAGUUGAACGGUUGUGCACGGACACACCGGCGGUUUUUACAACCUAUAUCUAGUACAGAUACACCAGCAGAAUUUAUUUAUAUUUUGUUUUCUGAGUUAUUUAAGUAAUGGAUGGAGGGGUGUGGUUCAUGUUAUUGGGUGUGUUACUGGUGAUGACUGAUAUGAGUCAGUCCAUCCCAAAAGAAGCGCUUCUAGAGCAGAGCAAACACAUUCGGGAAUCACCUGAGGACUCGGACGACAAUAUGAUAGAAAGUCAUGUGAUCACUGAAGGGCAGAUGGAGGAUUUAUUGGAAGAUCGUCUUCUGUUAGAAGUGUUGCAAUCUUUACUACACACCUCUCAGAGAUAUGAACGUAACCCUUCAGUGCUGCACCAGCCUCAGCGGUUUGGUCGAGGUGCUCGCAGUGGUCUGUCAGCAGAGGAGUGGAUACAGUCUCGAGACUGGGAAACAGUUCCCGGGCAGAUCUGGAGCAUGGCUGUGCCACAAAGAUUUGGCAAAAAAUAACACCAAACUUCGUUAAAACUUCAGUAUACAAACAUCAGCGAAUUAAAUUUAAACAUCAAUGGAUCUUCAAAUUACCAUUUUUCUACAUUCCAGUAGAAUCAGUCAGCUCAUUUUCUUUUUUCAUUUCAUCAACUGUACCAACUUUUCUUCAUCUAUUACACCUCAUGUGCACUUCACAUGUGUUGUCUGUUGUUCUUCAUACACUGUAACCAAGAAGUUUUUUAGUUUGGAAUUUUAGCUUGCUUAAGUUUUUCAUCAUGAUUGUCAAGACUGUUUAUCUAAAUGAUGGUCGACAAGCUUAGUAGCCUUCUCUGAAAUGAAGAAGUGAUUGUAAAAUAAAAACACACACGACUGGUCAAAUAAUCAGGAUCACUGAA